CUGGAAGGCGGAGGAGGGGAGGUUGCGUGCGCUGGCUCUGCAGAGCCGAGGCGGGUGAGCCGGGCCGCGGCGAGUGCUCCGCUCCGGGACUCUCAGGUUCUUCCCAGUGGUUGGUUGGGAACAAUCGUUGACGGCAUCUUUUUCUUCCCCCCCACUUGCUCCGCCCUCUUCCGGUUCGGCCUCCGGUGUGCUUCCCUCAUAGGGGAAGGGAAGAUGGCGGGGCUGAGCGAGAGCGCCGUGCGCACGCGCGAGCCCGAGGGCGCCCCGGUGCGCGCCCGCGCAUGCGCCCGCUCCAGCGCUUAGGAAGCCGGUGUGUUGGGAGAUGAGCGGGGCGGUCACGGUCCUCUGCGAGUGCUACCGGACUCCGACCGUGCGCCGGCUGCCCACCCCCAUCAGCGGCCUCCCGUUCGUUCGCCGCAGGACCGGGCACGAAAGUAAGCGAACCCGGAUGCCGAGGGCUUCCCCGUCCGCCCGCCCUGCACACCGCCCCCCGCCCUGCAGCCAGGUUAAAACAAGAUGAAGAUUUUUUCGGAAUCUCAUAAAACAGUGUUUGUUGUGGACCACUGCCCUUACAUGGCAGAAUCCUGCAGGCAGCAUGUGGAGUUUGAUAUGCUGGUGAAGAAUAGGACCCAAGGAAUCAUCCCUUUGGCUCCCAUCUCUAAGUCCUUGUGGACGUGCUCAGUAGAGUCUUCUAUGGAAUACUGUCGAAUAAUGUAUGACAUAUUUCCUUUCAAAAAGCUGGUGAAUUUCAUUGUGAGUGACUCAGGAGCACACGUUUUAAAUUCUUGGACUCAAGAAGACCAAAACUUACAGGAGCUGAUGGCAGCCCUCGCUGCUGUGGGGCCCCCUAACCCCCGGGCGGACCCCGAGUGCUGCAGCAUUCUGCAUGGGCUUGUGGCAGCAGUGGAGACCCUGUGCAAAAUCACUGAGUAUCAGCAUGAGGCACGCACACUACUCAUGGAGAAUGCAGAGCGAGUUGGGAACCGAGGACGGAUAAUCUGCAUCACAAAUGCAAAAAGUGAUAGUCAUGUACGGAUGCUCGAAGACUGUGUCCAGGAAACAAUUCACGAGCACAACAAGCUUGCUGCAAACUCAGAUCAUCUCAUGCAGAUUCAGAAAUGUGAGUUGGUCUUGAUUCACACCUACCCAGUUGGUGAAGAUAGCCUUGUGUCUGACCGUCCUAAAAAAGAAUUGUCCCCGGUUUUGACCAGUGAAGUCCACAGUGUCCGAGCUGGGCGGCAUCUUGCUACCAAGUUGAAUGUUCUAGUACAGCAACAUUUUGACUUGGCUUCAACAACCAUCACAAACAUUCCUAUGAAGCCCACAGUCAGUGUCUUUGAACAGGAAGAGCAGCACGCCAACACCUCCGCCAACUAUGACGUGGAGCUGCUUCAUCACAAAGACGCACAUGUAGAUUUCCUGAGAAGUGGUGAUUCCCACUCCGGCAGCAGCAGUAGAGAAGGCCCGUUUAAAGAGACAGUAACCCUGAAGUGGUGCACACCCAGGACCAACAGCAUUGUGUUUUCUUGUAUUUCAGAAUUGCACUAUUGCACUGGGGCUUACCGAAUUUCACCUGUAGAUGUAAAUAGCAGACCUUCUUCCUGCCUCACUAAUUUUCUCCUCAAUGGUCGGUCUGUGUUGUUGGAACAGCCACGAAAGUCAGGUUCCAAAGUCAUCAGUCACAUGCUUAGCAGCCACGGAGGAGAGAUCUUUUUGCAUGUUCUUAGCAGUUCUCGGUCCAUUCUAGAAGAUCCACCUUCAAUUAGUGAGGGCUGUGGAGGAAGAGUUACAGAUUACCGGAUUACAGAUUUUGGUGAAUUUAUGAGGGAAAACAGGUUAACUCCUUUUCUAGACCCCAGAUAUAAAAUGGAUGCGAGUCUAGAGAUCCCAUUGGAGCGUGCAAAGGACCAGUUAGAAAAGCACACCCGCUACUGGCCCAUGAUUAUCUCACAAACCACCAUUUUCAACAUGCAAGCGGUAGUUCCAUUAGCCAGUGUUAUUGUGAAAGAGGCUUUGACAGAAGAGGAUGUGUUAAACUGUCAAAAAACUAUAUACAACUUAGUUGAUAUGGAAAGAAAAAAUGAUCCUCUUCCUAUUUCUACAGUUGGUACCAGAGGAAAGGGCCCUAAAAGGGAUGAGCAGUACCGUAUCAUGUGGAACGAGCUGGAGACUCUUGUCAGAGCCCACAUCAGCAACUCCGAGAAGCACCAGAGAGUCCUCGAGUGUCUGAUGGCGUGUCGCAGCAAGCCCCCGGAGGAAGAGGAGCGGAAGAAGCGAGGGAGGAAGAGGGAGGACAGGGAGGACAAGGCAGAGCAAGCAGUGAAGGAGCACGGGCCAGAAAAGCCCCGGCCAGACUCCGACAGAUUGAAAGGGAUUUUAGAACGAGGGAAAGAAGAGUUGGCUGAAGCAGAGGUCAUAAAGGACUCACCUGACUCCCCAGAACCUCCAAACAAAAAGCCCCUUGUUGAAAUGGACGAGACACCACACAUGGAAAAGUCUAAAGGGCCCGUGUCCUUAUUAUCCUUGUGGAGUAAUAGAAUCAACACUGCCAAUUCCAGAAAGCACCAGGAGUUUGCUGGGCGUUUGAACUCUGUCAAUAACAGAGCUGAGCUAUAUCAACACCUUAAGGAGGAAAAUGGUGAGGAGCUUGGACUGACUGGAGGACCCCGAACUUCCAUCCCUUUCUUAAAGUGCUCACAUUCUCCUGUUGUGAAUAGGAUGGAGACAACAGAAAAUGGAAAAGCCAGCCGCCAGUGAAGACUGACUUGAGAAACUAAACUGGAGUAUAUUGCAGAAAUAUUUUGGGCAGAAUUUGAUAUAAGUACUUUUACAGCAAGAUUGUAUAGCUAUGUUGCCUGGACCGGUUUUUACAUUUUUAAAGAAUUUCAACAAAUUAUCUUUUUUGUACUAAUUCUAAGAUUGGCAGAGUCAAAAUAUAUACAUUUGAGAUUUCUCCUCCCAAAUCACACAGUUUAUUUUAUGGUAAAAGGUGUUCCCUCUGGAAAUGUUUUUUAAAUAAUUCUUAGGCUUCUCUUUGUCAAAUAAAACUAUUAAAAUACAUGAAA